AUGGCGGUAGUCACGAACCGCGAAACCAUCUCGGAUGGGAGAACUCUGCCCGGCGAUGUCGCCAUUGUCGGAGGCGGAGCAUGUGCGACUGCAAUCCUGACAGAAUUGAUCGCCAGAGUCAAGGCGGGUCAUCAUCUGACGACGCUAUUGGUGUUCGAGAAGUCGAGCAGUUUCGGGCCCGGACUGGCAUACUCGACGGCAUGUGAAGGAACGGGAUUGAACAUGCGCAGUGAGACUAUGAGUUUACGUCCAGAUAACCCUGGCCAUUUCGUUGAGUGGCUGCAAUCGAAGACUCCGGAGAAGCUUGGCAGCAGCACGUAUCUGCCACGGACGCUCUAUGGCGAGUACCUGUUGGAUCAGUUUACAUCCGCUGUUGAGGAAGCCGCUUCCCUAGGCGUUAAGGUACUCCCGGUAUUUGGUGAAGUAGUGGCAUUGCGUCGAUCCGAGAGUGGCUAUACUAUCACAACAAUGACCGGACGGCAGUACGUGGCCACAGAUGUGGUACUGGCUCUCGGCAACCACAUGUCACCCAAGCACAACUACCUUGAAGGUGAAUGUGGAUAUUUCCCAAACCCGUGGCCCAACAAGCAAUUCCAGAGCAUUCCGAAAGAGGCGGCCGUCAGUGUCAUUGGCUCUCGGUUGACGGCGCUUGAUAUAGCCUUGCGUUUGGAGUCGCAGGGACACACGGGACCAAUAAAUCUUGUGUCAAGGAGUGGCCGACUACCCAAGGUCCAGUCUGCUCUACCUCCCAAACCUGCCAAUUACAAAAAUUUCGAGAUUGCCAAAGAACUUGAGGGGCAGUCAGAUGCUGCGCUCACACGUCUCACCUUGGCAAUUCGAGCGCGCAUCGAGCAAGAUGCCAAACCCCUGGACUGGCACAGCGUGUUAACGUCACCAUAUGAUCCCGAGUCAGACCUUGUCAAAGACAUAUCAGCCGCGGAGAGUGGCAACAUAGUCUGGCAAGACGUACUCACUGGAACUGCUCCCGUCGUCGAGAGGUAUUGGAACGCCUUAUCGCCGCAAGAGAAAGUCGUCUUCCUAGAAGAGUAUCAGAGCAUAUGGAUGUCAUAUCGCCAUGCGAUGCCACUUGCCACAGCCAAGAGGAUACUCAACAUGAUGCAGGUCGGCCAGCUCCGUGUUUUGCAGAUGACUGGUCGGGUAGCCAAGAUUGACAGUGGCUUUGUGAUCCCCUAUCACGCCAUCGGCGGCAAUCCCCUUCUCUAUACAGACUACGUUGUCGAUGCGACCGGACCGGAUGUCAAUGCCUUGCGCAUCUCUUCGAAGCUGCUUCACAACUGCUUGGGAUCUGGACUGGUUGAGGCCGAUCCUUUUGGGGGCAUCAGAGUCGAUCCAACCACUCUGAUGGCAUCCAAGGGGCUCUAUGUCAUUGGCUCACUGACGCGCGGCACUCAUUUCUAUUCCACCGCCAUUGACCGUAACGUCGCACACGCUCAGCGUAUCGUGGACAGUAUCGUUCAGGUGCCUGCUCGGCGCUCUCUACACAUUGCCUUCUUCAUUGGUACAGAUAUUAGCUCGCAACUGAUCGUGAGUAAGCUUAUCCCGCAGCUCAUUCGUCACGGACACAUGCCAUAUGUCUUUCUACCAGCGCAUAAAGCGAGCAAGAAGACACCUGAGUUUGAGAUUCAAGAACUGGCAUUUUUUGAGCGACAACUGCUCCGGGAGCAUGUUGUCCCUUAUCUCGGUGCCAACCAUGCGCACGGGACCCCGUUCGUGACUGUUGACCAGUUGAGCACGAAGUACGGGAUCCUGGUCGAACAUGUGAAUAAUGUCAACGACCCAAAGUUCAUCGCAAGACUCUCUUCCCAUCACCACAUCGACGUCGGAAUGUCUAUCCGCUGCUAUCAGAAGUUCGGCCGGGAAAUCAUCAACCACUUCCAGUCUUCCCCCAGACUCGGUCUUCUGAAUCUGCAUCCAGGAGCACUUCCACAAUAUCGUGGCGUCAUGACGAUGAGCCGAGCCAUGGCCAAUCGAGAAGAACGCUUCAGCUUCUCGCUGCACAGCAUAGAUGAGAACUGGGACGCCGGGCAGUUGGUCGAUAUGCAGAGCGGAAAAAUCGAUUAUGGCAAAGACAUGCUGUCGAACUUGCUCGACUUGCAUGACAUUGGUGUCCAAGUCGCCUCGGACGCCUUUGCAAAGCUCGAGAGAGGCGAGGAAUUCGAUCUGAUGCCUCAGGACGAGAGCAAACAGGCCUACUACAGCUUUCCCACAAGGCAGGAUUUGGACGAAUACCGCGAGCGAGGGCUGCAGCUCGUGAACGCUCAGGCUGUGAAGCAAUUCAUUGUCGCGAACUUUUCAUCUUUGGAGAAUAGAAACGAUAUCGAGCGGGUCGUGGAGCAUGCUGUCCAGGAUUGGUAUCUUCAUCAUCGACGCAUCGAUCCGCCUCUGCAGAAGAUUGCCUACAGCGCUGCUGAUGAUGGACAGGCUUCAUCGGGAUUUCCAUCGCUUGCAGAUGUUCCGUUGGAAGCACGUCUUGUGACCUGA